CAGAGCAGCCCAGAAGAUCAUUCACCAGAAAUGGUGCAACGAGAUGACUCAGCCCCUUACACCUUGAACAAUGGAUGCUCCCAAAAUCAGACAGAUUUGCCAGAUUUGUCAGAUUUGUUUUGGGUUGAGCCGACACAAUCUGUUCCAUUCUCACCGUUACGAAAUUCUGAAGCUUUCCAUGCCCAGAAGCAAGUUUCAAAAGGUUAUAGCUCUACAGUUACACCGCUGACCAGCAAUGGCAGUGAAGGGAGUCAUAAUGAGUUCUCUAAUGGUUAUGCCAUACGUAGCUUUGCCCGUGAAAACAAUGAUUAUGCUUCAGCAUCCCGAGUCAAUAUGCAACAUAAUCAUUUGAAGGAUGAUACCAUAUAUCACGGCAGGCACUUGGAAGGGGAAGGUGGUUCUCAGUAUAAGUCCCAGAAUACAUAUGAGAUGGAGAUUUCUGCUGAAGUGAAAGACUCGGUACCGACAGAAAAUUUCGCCCCCUUGGAUGAAUAUGACAGUUUCAAACUUCAUGCUGGUGAAACAUGGCCCAUUAUUAAUGAUGUGAUGGAGGGGUUCCUAAUGGAUAAUCAGUUUUCAAAUGACGCUAUUCUACCAAAGAUUUCACGGGAAGAAGUCAGUAAAGGAGUCUUUCAGGUUCCUAUGGCGAGUUCUGCUGAUGCAAACAUAACUGAUGCACAACUGAAGUAUGAGGAAUUUAGGCAUUCAGUACCAACAUUUAAUGAUAGAUUCCUAAAUGCACCUUUUCAAACAUUUCCUUCUACUUUUCCAAACAUGUCUAAUGAGGCUCAAGCUAGAUGUAUGAAGGUUGAAAGAAAGGAUGAAAUGGAUGGACACCAUUUUUAUGUUUCUGAGAGUGUGUCUGGUUUUGGCAACAAGUAUAUAUCAAGUCCGAUGUUUCCUAGUGAUUUUUCAUGCAAUUCAAGUGAGAAGCAAGAUACAAAAUUGUUCUCCAAAAGUGCUAGCCAUUCUGUUGAUAUUAACUUAAGUCAUACAAUUCCCAGUUUAAGUACUGAUGGUUGUUCACUUGAUGCAAUGACCCUAGAGAAGUCCUCCAUGUUGCCUUCUAUCUUAAGAAUGAAGCAUACAAGGCACAUAAAGGAUGUAAAUGGCAGUACUAAUAGCUCUCACUUUGAAAAACUGAAUAGUAGCUCUCACUUUGUCAAUGAUUCUGACUUGUGUAUUAUUGAAGAUGAGGAAGUUUCAUGUUCAGCUACAUCUUCAGCGAAUAAGAAAUCCAUCAUUGUUCCCCCAAAUUCUACAUCUAUUGAGCCUUUAAACCACUCGGGGAUUGCAAGUGCAAGGGUUAAGCCAAAUGAUGAACGCUUGGUAUUUCGUGCUGCAUUACAGGAUCUUUUUCAGCCAAAAUCAGAAGCUAAUCCACCAGCCGAUCUUUUAGCAGUUCCUCUUCUUAGACAUCAGCGAAUUGCCUUAUCUUGGAUGGUCCAAAAAGAGACAGCGAGUCCACAUUGCUCUGGGGGAAUUCUUGCUGAUGACCAGGGUCUGGGGAAAACAGUGUCAACUAUCGCGCUCAUACUUAAAGAGAGGGCUCCACCUUCCAGUUUUCAAACUAAUGACUUGAAGCACGGGCAAGUUGAAACCCUAAAUCUUGACGAUGAUGACUCUGUCGCUGAGGUUCAUGGUCCAAAACAGGAUAUCCAGUCAUCUCAAGUGCGUCCAAAUGGAAAUGAUAGUUCAAGAAGAAACACAUGCACAUCUAAGAGAAUAAUUGGUAGGCCAACUGUUGGAACCCUAAUAGUUUGUCCUACUAGUGUCCUAAGACAAUGGGCUGAGGAACUGAAUACUAAGGUGACUAGCAAGGCUAAACUCUCUGUUUUGGUUUAUCAUGGAAGCAAUCGAACUAAAGAUCCUCUUGAGUUGGCCAAGUACGAUGUUGUUCUUACAACAUAUUCAAUUGUGAGUAUGGAAGUUCCUAAGCAGCCUAUUGCUGAUGAAGAUAAUGAUGAUUCUGGAAAACGUGACAGCUAUUCAUCUGGUAUGAAGAGAAAAUAUCCUCUUAAGCAUAAAAAGGAAAUAAAAACUGCAUUGAUGGAAUCUGAAGCCCGUCCUUUGGCUCGUGUUGGUUGGUUCAGAGUUGUAUUGGACGAGGCUCAAAGUAUAAAAAAUCAUAAAACUCAAGUUGCUCGAGCUUGUUGGGGUCUUCGUGCUAAACGUAGGUGGUGUUUAUCAGGGACCCCUAUCCAGAAUUCAAUUGAUGAUCUUUACAGCUAUUUCAGAUUUCUCAGAUAUGAUCCAUAUGCUGGGUAUAAAUCUUUUUGUUCAGCUAUAAAGGUGCCAAUUACAAAAAAUCCUAAAAAAGGAUAUAAAAAGCUUCAAGCUGUUUUGAAAACUGUAAUGCUGCGGCGCACAAAAGGCACACUUCUUGAUGGAGAACCAAUCAUCAACUUACCACCUAAAUCAGUGCAAUUGACAAAAGUGGAUUUCACGAAAGAGGAGCGUGGGUUCUAUCACAUACUAGAAGCUGAAUCACGAGCUCAAUUUGCAGAAUAUGCGGCUGCUGGAACUGUAAAGAAAAACUAUAUUAACAUAUUAUUGAUGUUGUUAAGACUCAGACAAGCUUGUAAUCACCCUCUGCUUGUCAAGGAUAAUUUUAAAGCUUCCUCUCUCUGGAAAUCAUAUAUUGAGAUGGCCAAGAAACUUCCUCAUGAGAAGCAGAUCAGUCUUCUGGAUUCAUUUGAAGCUUCAGCAAUUUGUGGCUUAUGUAACGAUGCACCUGAAGAUGCUGUCGUUACAACCUGUGGGCAUGUUUUUUGCAAUCAAUGCAUCUCUGGACAUCUCAUGGACGAUAUUACCCAAUGCCCAAAUACUAACUGUAAAGGUAAAGUAAGUUCAUCUUCAAUAUUUCCCAGAGCUGCACUCGAAAGUUGUAUCUCAGAGAAUUCCCAUCAAGACACCACACUCGAUAUUAUUAACUGUUCAAAAAAUUCUGAGGAGCUUGGGCCAAGCUCCUGGUGUGGAUUGUCUGGAUCCUCUAAGAUUAGGGCUGCUCUUGAGGUCUUGGAAUCACUUUCUAAACCGUCAAAUGAUAUAACCGAAACUGGCUUAUUGGAAACUAUUGACCAAGAAAGUGGUUUGAAGGGGGAUUCUAGAAAGCCGGGUGAAAAGGCGAUUGUUUUCUCCCAGUGGACAAGAAUGCUAGAUUUGCUUGAAACUUCUCUGAAGAAUUCUUCAAUUAAAUACAGAAGACUUGACGGAACAAUGUCUGUUCAAUCAAGGGAUAGAGCCGUAAAAGAUUUCAAUACUCUGCCAGAGGUGACAGUGAUAAUUAUGUCUUUGAAGGCAGCUAGUCUAGGAUUAAACAUGGUUGCAGCCUGCCAUGUUCUUCUUUUGGAUCUAUGGUGGAACCCUACAACUGAGGAUCAAGCAAUUGAUAGAGCUCAUCGGAUUGGUCAGACCCGACCUGUUAAAGUAUUGCGGUUGACUGUCAAAGAUACAGUUGAAGACCGCAUUUUGGCCUUGCAGCAAAGGAAGCGGAAGAUGGUGGCAUCUGCUUUUGGGGAGGAUGAGAAGGGUUCGCGUCAAACUCGUCUAACUGAAGAAGACUUGAAAUACCUAUUUAUGGCUUGACUCGAUCCAUGAUGGGCUAGAUAGACACACUACAGGUUGGGGGUCCUUUUUUUUUAUUUCUCUUCAUUAUUAUGAUUAUUAUUCUUCAGGUUAGAGAGCCAGCCACCAGCAAACAGGAAUAUUUUUUUUUUAUUAUUAGCAAAUAGAAAGCCACAUAUCCUUAUUUUAGGAGGCAGUUGAGACUAUUUUUAUCAUAUCCUUGUAUUAUAGAGAAGUUGUGAAGAAAAGAAACAAAACAAACAAAGAAAUAAAUAUAUAUAUGAGAUUCUUUUGCUCCCUCCUC